GGCCGUAUUACGCAGUCGUUCCGGAAGCAAGUAGUAACAUGAAAACAACGAACCUGUCAUCAAGUCGGGAAUCACCGCUUUCGAUCGUCAUUCUUCAAUUAUCGCGACGUAAAACAGCAUCUAUGAGCUGCUAAGCUGUUGACGAGUGGCGGAUGGGGGAUUUAUAAGAGCUACGACCAGCCAAGAGAUCAGACAUUGUUGUCCCAGACCGUUAUCUUUCAAUUGUGUCAAUAAUUCUUAGCAAAGAUGCGAGCGAGGCAAAAGUUAUUUGGCGUUCUGCUAGCUUUCGUGGCGUUGAGAUCCGCGAAUAGUGCUGUGACUCGCGAGCAGAUGGAGAAAAUGGCGAAGUCGAUGCGGAACAACUGUGUGUCGAAGGUAGACACCACCGAAGAACUGGCCUUGGGAAUCAGAAGAGGAGAAUUCCCAGACGACCAUAACCUCGAGUGCUACACGAACUGUAUUAUGAAGAUGCUGAGAAGUUUCAAGAACGGAGCCAUCGAUUUCAACAUAAUAAUGAAGCAAAUAGAUGCGACAAUGCCGCCAGAUCAAGCUCCCAGAGUCAAGGCUGCGAUAAGACAGUGUAAAGGCAGAGAAUACGAUGCCGACGACGAAUGCAAAUUGACCUACCAAUACACGAAAUGUGUCUACGAGAUGGACCCGGAAACGUUUUUCUUCCCGUAAGCGGCCGGAGCGCACCGGAAAUCCAACCACGCGGGCAUCAUCAAGAAACGG